AUGUCUACUGCAGUUCAGCAACCAAACCAGUCAUAUUUGCGCCGGAAUCAUGGCAGAAACCAGCCGGACUGGCAUGCCUUUUACGCAAAUGGCUACCCUUCUGAGGUGAUUGUAAUCUCUGACGACGAAGAUUCGGGUCAUCCAGACCCAAAGGUAGUAGCUUCGUCUGGGUCGGGAUCAAACUAUAGAAUCGGUUCCGGUGCCCCAAUGUUGAACUACAAUCAGGAAAUCCCUCAUCCCGCCUCUCAUCAGCAUCAUCACAAUGACUCGUCGUCCUCUACCACUUCUAGUUCGUCAUUUUCUUCUACAACUGCCAUGACUGUCAGCACAACUGCCGCUAGCUCGGUUACUGACACCUCGAAAUAUAUGAAGACCGCUGGAAAGCAACCUACGAUCGCUUUGCCAGAUUCUUCAAAACGGUUAAGAAAGUACAGUUCAAGCGGGACAUAUAGUGAAAACGGACGUAUGGUUGAAGACCAUCCACAGUCUUAUGGCAAUAACCAAGGUCACCUCCAGGGUGGAUACAGUCAAGCCCACUACUACAACGAAUCAUACCACGAUGUUCCUUUUGACGAUGACUAUGACUAUCAGUAUGAUGAGGAUGAUUCCCCAUAUUGUACAGAAUAUUCUAUGAUUGAGUCGACAGAAUCGAUCACCAGUGGCUCGAUAAAUGUUACCGGCGCCGCUGUAUCCAGUGUGCCAGGAGCUGUUGUCCCUAUAACUGCCACUGCAAGGUCCUCGCUUACCCGAACUAGCAGCAGCAUUGCUAGCAAUGGGUUACUGGCUACUACUUCCAACAGCCAGGCUACUUCUUCUGGUACUGCGUACAAGAAGAAACGUAAGCGCAUUACGACAAAGUCGGGCAAGUCGAGCAAUUCUGGCGGUAUUCCUAUGUCUGGCACCUUUAACACUGGCGCCGAGGUUGCUUACCAACCAUAUCCUACUCGUCUUUUGACUCCACCUUCCCCUAUGCAAAUUGUCAAGCCAACCGAUGUAGAAGUUCGUCCGGUAAUUGAUCGUGUACACAAUCCUGAUCCAUGUGAUGAUAAAGACGGCCAUUUUGUUGUUGAAACGAAUACAUGUUUUGCGGACAACAGGUAUCAGAUCCUUAAACUGCUGGGACAAGGUACCUUUGGCAAGGUGGUCUCGGUGUACGACAAGAAAACCAAGACUCACCGAGCUAUAAAAAUCAUACGGGCUGUAGAGAAGUAUCGGGAAGCAAGUAGGAUUGAAUUGAGAGUGUUGAUGACCCUGGCAAUGUAUGAUGAACAUAACAUCCAUCAGUGUAUUCAUCUCCGUGACUGCUUUGACUACCGCAAUCAUAUCUGCAUAGUUACUGAUCUACUAGGUAUCAGCAUUUUCGACUUCAUGAAGGCGAACAACUUUAUCCCGUUUCCGGGAAGCCAUGUCCAGUCAUUUGCUUAUCAGCUAUUGAAGAGUGUAGCCUUUCUACACAGCCUGAAUCUUGUUCAUACUGAUUUGAAGCCUGAAAACAUUCUGCUUACCAAUAGCGAAUCUAGAUCAAUGCCUUAUCGUAAAGGACGGUCAUCAAAGAAACGCAAUGUUCUUAGUUCCACCACCAUAAACCUUAUCGACUUUGGUUCUGCCAUUUUUAAUGAUGAGCACCACAGCUCAGUAGUAUCCACUCGUCAUUAUCGGGCUCCAGAAAUUAUAUUAGGCAUUGGUUGGUCGUUCCCUUGUGAUGUUUGGUCUAUUGGAUGUAUUCUUGUCGAACUUUGCACUGGAGAGGCUCUCUUCCAAACUCAUGAUAACCUGGAGCACCUCGCUUUGAUGGAAAAGGUAAUUGGUGAGAAGCUGGACCCAGCGGUGAUUCAACGUAUUCCCACAAAGUCACAAACUCGUGCUGAAAUCAUAAACAAGCACACAAACACUAUCAACUACCCCAAUGAUUCGGUUGAUCAGGCGAGUGUGAAGUAUGUUAAUUCGGUUAGAACCUUUGACCAUUUAGUGCAAUCAUCUGUGCCCUAUUACUCGCGUGACAAAGCUUUCUGGAACUCGUUCUUGGACCUUCUCCAUCAAAUAUUUGUCUAUGAUGCCAACAACCGUAUUACUGCACUAGAAGCCCUGAACCACCCAUGGUUUCAGAAAGUCAUCAAUGAUGACGGAUGUAGUAGUCAUCUCCAGCAUAGACACGAGUACCAACCCUCUUAUGUGGGUAUGGGCGUCUCCAAAUCAUCAUCUUCAUCAUCGGCAUCUACAGCUACUCCCAGUUCUUCUUCGUCUAGACACAAUCGCCGCCAACGAUUAUAA